CAAGCCAUAAAGUUUUUCAAAAUUAUUGGCAACAUCAGUUGCUUUGUUUAUUUAUUUGUUGUGCUGUCAGGACCGAAAUUUGUCUCCUUUUUAAUUUUACAACUGUCGAAAAAAAAAUUCUUCAAAUUUAAGAAAUGUCUCAUACCAUACUGUUGGCCCAACCUGGCAAACCUGAAACUAGGAGUUAUUCAGAUUAUGAUUCUGUAAACGAAUGUAUGGAAGGAGUAUGCCACAUGUAUGAAGAACAUUUAAAAAGGCAAAAUCCUGAAUCUGCAUCAAUCACCUAUGAUAUUCGUCAGCUGUUUGAAUUUGUCGAUCAACUAACUGAUCUGUGUUGUUUAGUAUAUCAAAAGACAACCAACACAUAUGCUCCUUACAACAAAGAUUGGAUCAAGGACAAAAUAUACAUUUUACUUAGGCGCCAAGCUUCUAAGAGUGCAUAAGUUUCUUGUGCUUAUCUCUUACUGCGGUUUAUAUUGACAUAAAAAUCAUUUUUCUUUUUGUUUAUAGUAUAUCUGUUUAUUUCUUAAAAUCAUUUUAACAUAAGAGGUAUGGAUAUUGGAUUUGUUUACAAAAUACUUGCAUGGACAUUAUUUAUUGAGGUGUUGUUUUGUUAAAGAUUUCAACAAUAUUGUACAACCACCUAUUGAAUAUAUUUUUCCUUUUGUAAGCAAAUCAAUUUCUUAUUAUUUUUUUUAAUCUAAAGUUCCUAAUAUUGUGAUCAAUAAAAAAAAUAUCUAUUUUUAUCGACUACGAUGUCAAUUUUUUGAAAAAAAAAUAUUUUAAGAUAUUGUUAGUUUUUAAAUAAGGAUGACAGUAUUAAAUAAAUAAUCUUAUAUAUAGAGUGCUUAUUGUUUCAAGAAGUUUUGAUUAUUCACUUAAGAUUUUUAAUUUAUAUUUAUAGUUUUUAUAGUUUUAUUUUUGUCUUCAAAUUUAGUGUUAUGAUGCUAUGCAGUCCAUUUGCAACUUAUGCACACACUCUUAAAGUAUAAACUUCAAUAUUUUAAAAGUAUUAUAAAUUGACAAUACUUUAUUGACAAUAUAAAUUUAUACAAUGCUGUAAAAAGAAAUAAAUUUUUUUAAAUUAAAAAAUUUAGUAUCCAUACCUCUUGUAAGUUCUCUUUGGAUUCAUUUUCAUGAAAAGAGAAUAUGUCAUAAAGCAGUAGACUUUUUGUAAUGGUGAAAAAAUGUUUUUAAUGUUAAAAGUCAUAAAUUGUACAUAUUUGCUCUCAAGAAAUAAAUCAACAAAGAUAA